AAUGUUGUCCGGACUUGCACUAUUUCACCACCUGAAUUCAUUUUGUUAUCAAUAAAAGAUAUUUCACUGUGUUUCAUGAUAAUAUUCAUUGCAUUUUGUUGCCAAAAAGUGUUUCCAUACUUUACCACUUGAAAUCAGAGUGUGUUGAGUGUUUAUUUUCGUUUUCUGGGUGUUACAUAUUUAAACAGGACAAAAGUGUCCGGAAUUGAACGGAUCUCCCCUACCACCGGAUUUUCAAGUAGGUCAAGCUAGGCCUUUUCAACUUUACUACACAGUACCAAAAAUACUCAGGUCACUGCUGGUCCAAUUGAUCUACUCUCUACGAGCAAUGAAAAAAGGAUGUAAUGAAUAUUUUGUUUUUAAAACGAGGUUUCUUGUUUACAACAUGCGUUAUUUUUAGCUUUUAUCUAGUUCUCGUAAAACUGUAGUGUUUGCAAUUAUUUAAUGUGCAUUAGUAAUAUUAUGCCGGAUUGAAGAAGCCACUUUUUUCAAUAUGUAAACCGUGAAGCCAUGGAAAUUCAAUUGUUCAUAUAUGUUGUGAUUUAUUUGAUGGUGUAUAUGACAUACGUUUUGGCUUGCAGUCCAGGAUGGUACGGAGAACACUGUAAAUUGCAGUGUUCAACAAACUGCCUUGGAAACGUCUGUGACGCAACACAGGGUAUAUGCAAUAAUUGUUCUGAUGGGUGGACAGGAAACUACUGCGACCAGUCUUGCGCCCUAGGGACGUAUGGCAGAGAUUGUAAACUAGUCUGUGAAGGGCACUGUAAAGAUGGCUGCAAUCUCGUGACCGGAAAAUGUGACAAAGGUUGUGAACCUGGUUGGUCUACAGAAAACUGCAAUAAAGUGUGUACAAGUGGAACAUAUGGUGAGGAUUGUAAGUUUCAGUGUGGUAUGUGUAGAGAUGCCUUGGCCUGUCAUCACGUGUAUGGCACGUGUGUCAGUGGAUGUGAGCCGGGGUACACAGGCCAGGCGUGUAAAAAUGUUUGUCCCUACGGUCAGUACGGAGAUAAAUGUAGGAAGUCCUGUGGAGCGGACGCUAAGUGUAAUACUGUUACCGGAGAAUGCUGUGGAUCUACUGAGCUAUUAAAGUCAGUGAAGGAGAAGGACGCCAAACUUGACCAUAGGGAUGAUGUUGUGAUCGGGCUGGCCGUCUCCCUGGGGGUGUCUUUCUUGCUUAACUGUAUCCUGUGUAUCGCCUUGUGGAAGCAGAGGAAAAGGAGGCAAAGGGACGAGAAACAUGAUCAGGAUUUGUCUUACUACCGUGGAUCUUCAGAUUAUAGGACAGAAUAACAUUAAAGUCGUACGUACGAGAUAUUAAGUCGUAUGUACGAGAUACUAAGUUGUAUGUACGAGAUAUUACAGCGCUAUGACAAAAGUAUUCGCGAUUUUUCAAAAUGGCGGACGUAAACACGAUGCGCUUCGUAAAAAUAAACAAUAAAUUGUGAAACAAAUAACAGACUUACCUUUUUUAAUACUUGGUGAGGUGG